GGUUUUAAUUUCCUUACUCAUAUUUAUUGUUGUUAGCAAGACAUGACACUUCAUUACACUUCUUAAGCGAGCCCUGUAAAAUUGCUGGAAGAUAAGAACAUCAAAACAAAGACUCGACAAAUACACUCAUUCAAUCUUGAUGGGAAGAACAAACAUCUCCUGCUUAAGUUUUCCAGCACAAUGCUGGAGGAAUUUAUUUUUUAGUGUCCUGCUCAUGUUAAUGCUUUUCAAAGCAUUAGGCCUCUGUCUGUAGUUAGUCAGAACAAUCUCUCAUAUUGCAGUAGUCUGAUAAAGAAUAUGGUUAAAAAAUACAGAAAGCUCUGAUAAUAGUAACCCAAAUAGUCUGAAAGGUAGACAAAAACAGUCCUAACAUAGGAGUGGCAGAAUUGAUUUGUUUCUAGCUGUAAUCUUAAUAGCUUCAGAUCCAUAGAGCUCAGCACUGUGACAUAAACACAACAGCAGCUUCAUUGGCAGUUUGGUGGUAACUGAUUCUGGCUUUGGGGCAAAUAUGGGCUUUAGGAGGCAUUCUUCCAGACAAGAAGAGUCUUCAAAUCCUGAAAAGUGUGGAUACAUAUCAGGAGCAUUUAACCCAAAGAUCAGAUGAAACAUCAAACUUUCUUUCUUAAUAGUUGUAUGAAAUGUUGACAUGGAAUUGAUCUGUUUAGGGAUUUUGUCCAUUAUGAAAAUUUUUAUUUGAUUUAUGUAGGUUUGUACAAGUCUGCAUAUGCUGUUUAUCAGAUUCACUAAUUAUUUUACAGCACUGUGAAGAAGAAUUAUUUUUUCUCAGUACACUUGAGUCUUGAUACACAGGCACCACUUUGAGGCAGAUAUAUUCUGGAGUGGACUUCUGACACUGUAAAACUUGUCUUUUUUUCUUUCAGACAUGCUGUCUGUUGUAGCAAUAGUUCUUUAAAGAAUAGUUCCUUAAUUCAUCAAAAACCCCUGGCUUCAUAUAAGAAACAAAGCAUUUAUCACAAAAUAAUCUUCAACUGCUCUAGUGCUUCACUAGAUUUUAAUUAGUGAUUCAUUUAUAGAAGCAUUCUUAACACCAGAUUCCUAAGAAUUGUCCUGUCAGUUCCAAUGUAAGUGCAUUAACAGGAUGCACCAGAAAACCAGUCCACAUUGGACACCAAACUCCCUGUGUAGACAUACCCAUAACUGCUCCCUGGAUCCAUCUGUUGUGACCAGAAGUGACAAUGACCACAUUCUAGAACAGCAGUGUUCCAACCUGAAAUGUUUCCUACUUGGUUGGUGAGAGCCCCUCAUGUAGCACUUAAAGUAUUUCACUAUGCCUAGGUCUCCCCCAAAACUGACUUCUUCUUCCUUUAAUAUUUUCUAGUACAGGAAUGGCAGAAUUCUACCAGCUGUGUAUUUGACAGAUUGAUAUUAGAAAUUAUAACCAACUUUCAAUUUUAAGAAAGUGAAAAGCUCUGUUUUUAUCCACAGUGGGCAGAGAGGCUGCUACCAUUUUCCACAAAAGACAGGAUACAAAAAAGAUGGAGCAAGUCCAAAUUUGAACUUCUUAUAUGGGAAAGCAAAGAUUUCAGACAAUUGGCCUGGAUACAGUCUGGAUUUGUUCACUUAUCCUCAGCACUACUAUGGUGACCUGGAAUAUGUGCUCAUUCCUCAUGGCAUUAUUGUUGACAGAACGACUGGCAAAAGACAUUAUGCAAGACAUUGGAGACAAUGAUAUUGUGGUUCUCUGUGUCCUCAAAGGUGGCUACAAGUUCUGUGCUGAUCUUGUGGAGCACAUUAAAAAUCUUAGCAGAAAUUCAGAAAGGUUCAUCUCCAUGAAGGUCGAUUUUGUUAGACUGAAAAGUUACCACAAUGAUCAGUCUAUGCAAGAUAUGCAGAUAAUUGGAGGAGAUGAUCUUUCAAAGCUGACUGGCAAGAAUGUUCUAAUUGUGGAGGAUAUUGUUGGAACUGGAAGGACCAUGAAGGUUCUGCUUAACAAUAUAGAAAAAUACAAGCCGAAAAUGAUUAAAGUGGCAAGUUUGUUGGUGAAAAGAACAUCUCGGCCUGAUGGGUACAGACCAGAUUGUAUGUGGCUAAAUAUGAAAAGAAUAGAUCCAUCUAGAAGAGAUCGACCAGUAUUUGCUACUGAAGAAGUCUCUGGUCAGCUGAGCUGGGGAGGAGGGUGGAAGGAGAGUAGGCAGAUUACGGAUUUGAAAUUCCAGAUUUAUUUGUGGUAGGUUAUGCCUUAGACUACAAUGAGCACUUCAGAGAUUUAAACCACAUAUGUGUUAUCAAUGAUCAUGGCAAAACAAAAUACAGAGUCUGAAGCAGUAACAUCUAUACCUGAAUAUUUCUGUGAAGCAGAGAUUUGACUACACUCCCUCGAGCAUCUUCCAGAAAAGCGAUUCAACUGGCUUGUAUGUCUUUCAACUCAGUAUAAUAAGGGCUUUACUCUAGAGAUGCUGAUGAAUAUUUACAUAAGUGAGAGGUCUUAUCUAAAAUGUGAAGCAUAGGACUUUUACAGUUACUACCUUUAUUAAGUAUUAAAAUUACCACCUAAGAUGCCUUUUGACUAAUAACUUGUCUGCCUCAGGUCUCAUUGUGAACACACCUUUUCUUUGCUCAGUUCUUUAUUCCACCUAUUGCAAUUCACGUACUUCACUGUGACACACAAGAUAGUUCAAAAGUGCCAUUCUGUACAUAAGGAUUAUUUUACAAGAUUUUAUUGACUUUAUCAUGCAAAAUUGAAAGCAUUUUUUGGACUUAAUUCCACAAUUCAGAAGUUUCAGUGGAAGUUCUGUGUUGUUUUGCAGUUCAUUACCCACUCUUCAAAACAUUUUAGCUCUCAGAAUGUGCUGAAUUAGAGUGCAGGUCAAAAUGAACCUUUGCAAGACACUGUUGAUCCAAAAUGGGAAGAUAUCAUGGUUCUGGUAUGUCAUGUAGCCAUAGAUCUGACCUGUUUAAUGUGCUGAAUUUUAAUCAAGACAAACAAAUGCCAGGCAGGUUUGAAUUUCUGCAUGGUAUCCCUUUCUUCUCUAGGACACAAACAAGUAUAAAAAUUAACAGUGUUCUCCUGAGCUAAUAUUCUUAACUAAACCUUAUUAAGCACAAAAGUUUAAUGUUAGUCAGACAAUUAUGCACCUAUGAUUUGAUUUUUGUAACAUGUCUAAGUAGAGACAUUUUGUAACCAUCUGUCGAGAAUACAGGUCUGACAAUGCUGAAGAAGAAAUAUACAGGACAACACAGGAAACCAGUAAAUGCAUGAGUGUUGUAGACUGUAGACUCCUUCCUUUAUAGAUCAUGUUUGAAGAAGUUUGUGAAUUUUAUGUACUGUAUUAGCUGUGAAAAGUUUAAUUCUGUAUUAAACAUAAGAGUUCUUAAUAGUUUCCCAAGGGAAACCAAUGCAAAGUAAGUAGCUGUGUAUCAGUAGCUUUGCUCUGAACUAUGAGAGGCAGAUUGUUACUAGCUGCAGAUUCCUAUAAUCUAAUAAAGAAACAUUAGGAAUACUUA